AUGGCAGAGAAAAUUCAACCUCUCGUAGUGGACAAUGGGUCGGGUAUGUGCAAGGCCGGUUUCGCCGGAGACGAUUCUCCUCGCGCCGUCUUCCCCUCCAUCGUCGGUCGACCCAGAAAACAGGGCAUCAUGGUUGGCAUGGGCAACAAGGACAGCUACGUCGGUGAUGAGGCACAGUCCAAGAGAGGCAUCCUCACACUCAAGUACCCCAUCGAACACGGCAUUGUCAACAACUGGGACGACAUGGAGGAGAUCUGGCACCACAUCUUCUACAACGAACUCCGUGUUGACCCCGAAGAACACCCCGUUCUCCUCACCGAAGUCCCUCUCAACCCCAAGGCUAACCGUGAGAAGAUGACUCAGAUUAUGUUUGAGGCUUUCAACGUUCCCGCCAUGUACGUCGCCAUUGAUGCGGUGCUCUCUCUCUACGCGUCUGGUCGUUCCACCGGUAUCGUCCUCGACUCCGGUGAUGGCAUCAGUCACUCCGUCCCCAUCUACGAGGGCUACGCUCUACCACACGCCGUUCAGCGUCUCAGCCUGGCAGGACGCUAUCUCACCUCGUUUCUCAUCAAACUCUACACCGAACGCGGCUACUCAUUCACCACCACCGCCGAGACCGAAAUUGUCCGCGACAUCAAAGAGAAGCUCUGCUACGUGGCGCUUGACUUCGACAACGAAAUGAACACCGCCGCGACCAGCUCGUCACUGGAGAAGACCUACGAACUGCCUGACGGUCAAGUCAUCACCAUUGGCAACGAGCGAUUCCGCUGCCCCGAGGCUCUCUUCCAGCCCAAUUUCCUCGGUCUCGAGUGCACUGGCAUCCACGAGGCCACGUACAACUCCAUCAUGAGGUGCGAUCUGGAUAUCAGGCAGGACCUCUACGCCAACAUUGUCAUGUCCGGCGGCUCCACCAUGUUCCCUGGCAUUGCUGAACGAAUGGAGAAGGAGCUCACUAACUUGGCGCCCACCUCCAUGCGCAUCAAGAUCAUCGCGCCACCGGAGAGAAAGUACUCCGUGUGGAUCGGUGGUUCCAUCCUCGGCUCAUUGUCCACCUUCCAGCCGAUGUGGAUCACCAAGCAGAAAUACGACGAAUUUGGCCCAAGCAUUAUCCACCAGAAACGCUUCUAA